GUAAAAAUUUUAAACAAUUUAUCAAGUAAACCAAAAACUAUUAAAAACAAGUGAAAUAAAUAAAUAUAAAAAGUAUUAAAAGUCAAAAAAGUAUUGAAAAUUCAAAACAAAAACAUCUUCAAAGUUUUGAGUGAAAUCUACAAGUUUUUUCAAUUGGAAUUGCAAAAUAAAUUAAUAUUUCUAUACAUCUUCUACAUUCCUUUAAAAAAAGAAAACUAACCUUAAAAAAUGGGAAAAGACUUUUAUAAAAUCCUUGGCAUCUCCAAAGGCGCCUCUGACGAUGAAAUCAAAAAAGCCUAUCGCAAACUCGCUUUAAAAUACCAUCCCGACAAAAACAAGGCUCCCGGAGCCGAGGACCGUUUCAAGGAAAUCGCCGAAGCCUACGAAGUACUCUCUGACAAAAAGAAACGCGACAUCUACGACAACUCUGGCGAAGAAGGUCUAAAAGGUGGCAUCCCUGGCAACCAUGGUGAAUACUUCCAUGGCGAUGCCAGAGCCACCUUUGCCCAGUUCUUUGGCUCCUCCGAUCCCUUCGGAGCCUUCUUUGGCUCCGACCCCAGCCGAAUCUUCGAGUCGCAAACAAUGUUUAUGGGCGGCGACGAUGACAUGUACCAACAAAUGGGUUACGGUGGGAAUGGAGGCGCCUUCCGCUCACAGUCAUUCAAUGCGGCGCCAAACAGAAAACGACAAAUGCAAGACCCCCCAAUCGAACAUGAUUUGUAUGUUGGUUUGGAGGAAGUCGAUCGAGGUUGCAUCAAAAAGAUGAAAAUCUCUCGAAUGUCAAUGGCCUCGGGAAUGCCAAAGAAAGAGGAAAAGGUGCUCAAUAUCACAGUCAAACCCGGCUGGAAGGCGGGAACCAAGAUCACAUUCCAAAAAGAAGGCGACCAAGCGCCCGGCAAAAUCCCAGCCGACAUAAUCUUCAUUAUCCGGGAUAAGCCACAUCCCCAGUUUAAGCGCGAGGGAAGUGACAUCAAAUAUUCGGCGAAGAUUUCGUUGAAACAAGCGCUUUGUGGAACAGUCGUCCAAGUUCCGACUUUGUCUGGGGACAAGAUUACAGUAAACACUCAAGGCGAGAUUAUUAAGCCAAAUACAGUAAAGAGGAUAAAUGGCAAAGGAUUGCCAUUUCCUAAAGAGCCAUCACGACGAGGUGACUUGUUGGUGGCGUUUGACAUCAAGUUCCCAGACUCGCUGAUGAGUGGGACAAAGGAUUUGCUUACAGAAAUCUUGCCAAAUUAGACUGAGUCUUGAGAGAAGUCUAGGAUAAGGAAGACAGAUAAAAAAUGAGUAAAGAAGGAAGGAGAAUCUUCUGGAAAGAGUUCUGACUGAUGAACAAAAAGCGGGAACGAUGACCUCAAGCCGCUUUUUUUUUUAGAUUUUUAUCAAGAAAAAAAAGGAUUCACUCACACGUCUAACGACGGAUAAAAAUUUUAGUUUAUUAAGAAUUUUUAAAUUAAAUUUAA